CCAGGUCAUCAUGUGCGGUAGUGAACGACAGCGCUGAUUGGCUCAACGUGCCGAAUGGGGGCGGAGCGAGCAAAAUGGUGAAAGAGUAGUAUAGGUUGAAUAGCUUUGAUGGUUGGAUAUUCUGGGUUACGAAUCUCUGUCGUGAAACACGUCGAAAUCCCGAAUCAAGACUCUGUGAGAUAAACAUCCAUGCCAAUGUACGCUUCACGCACCUCGCCAGGCGAAGUCCACCCCGGCAGCGCCCCGGUGUCGAACCAAGGAAUGGCGAUGCAACCUUAUCAUUCGGCGGCUCCUUCAAUACCCGGCGUCAUGCACUCUGUUUUUCCACCAGACCAGGGCUACUACCGCCAUCCGACCUACUCGGGGAUGUCGAUGUCGAUGUACGGUCACGACCAAUACCCUGGUAUGGCUCGAUCACCGUAUGGACCUUACGCUCCUCAACAGGCCAACCCCAAGGACAUGGUAAAACCUCCUUAUUCUUACAUCGCUCUCAUAGCCAUGGCUAUCAUGAAUGCUUCGGACAAGAAGAUAACCCUGAACGGAAUAUACCAGUUUAUCAUGGACAGGUUUCCGUUCUACAGGGAAAACAAACAGGGUUGGCAGAACUCGAUACGCCAUAAUUUGUCUUUGAAUGACUGCUUUGUCAAAAUACCUCGGGACGAUAAGAAGCCAGGAAAGGGGAGCUACUGGAGCCUGGAUCCUGAUAGUUACAACAUGUUCGACAAUGGGAGUUAUUUGAGGAGGAGAAAACGCUUCAAGAAGAAGGAUUUGAUGAAAGGAGACAAGGAGGAUCGUGAGUGUGAACUGAGGAAGGGACAAGAAGAAGGGGUCAGUCAUCCAACAGGACAGAGUGAGGAGAAAUUGGGUAAGACCAAUGGGGUUGUGUGUACAGGUGAGAUAGGUGAUGGUGGCAUGAAUCGUGAUGUGGUUCAAACGAGUGCCGCUUUGAUUACACCCAAAGUAGAACCCAUGGACUCCCCUUCGGACGUUUUAAACGAACCCUCCCCGACCCAGCCCCAUCAUCCAAUGGCUGUUGACAACCCGCUGCUCGAAUCCUCUCACCACUCGGCGAAUUACACCGUAGAAAACCUCAUGGCCAUGCGACAACGCGAAGGCGUCGUCACACACGGGAACUGUGGGACGGGCAGCGAAAUCCAAGCCAGCACCCACGCCUUACCUCCCCGCACGGGUCAGCUUCUAUCUCCGCAGCCGCUCGGGUACAGCUCUCCACAGCUCAACCAGUCUCAGCUCAAUCGAAUCACUUGCUCGAAACGGCCGGUGGUCAGCUCGCUCAAUCAUAAUCAAUACCAGUGUCCAUCUUCAUAUGACCCCGAAGCUAUGGCGAUGGGUAAGCAUAUGGCCAUCGCACCAACACCUGAAGAAAUUCAACAGGAGCAUGGACUCAAUCAACGCCUCAGCCCUCCCGGGUCUACCCCGAUCCUUGCCACGCCGUCGAGCACCGUAAACGUUCACCGCUCGAACUCGUGGUACCACGGAACGAGUCCCGAUGUGCACUCUUCGACGUCGAGUCAAGAUCAUUACGGUGGUAUGUACAACCCUCAAAGAUCUAUUUCUCUUUCUCAUGCUGCACAUCAAAACGGUCAACUAUCAUCAUCGGCGAACGCCAAUGAAAGCUGUCAGCUCUCGAUGUCGACGAUGAGUGGCUACCGGUCAUCAUCCUCAGGCUCAACCUCGGCUUCAAUGUACCCGUCAUCGGCGCAUUACAGCUAUGAUUGUUCAAAGUACUGAGACUAUGCCAAACCAAUUUGACUUUUAAACUUUCGAUUGACGAAAGGGAAAAAAAGAAAUAAUAAAAAAAACGCUUGAUACCAAAAUCAUUUUGAACAUUGUCCGGUUGUUUGUUUAGUAUAGUCAAAAGUUCACGAUGAUUGUGAUGAUAUGAAUCUUUUAAAAACUUUCUGGGAAAGGAACAUCAAGAAGACAGACGCACAGACAGGCAGACAACAAUACUGGUGGGUCAAGUCUAUGAUCAUUAUUCAUUUUAUAUAUUUGUAUUUAUAAAGCUAAUAAGUAAUGUUUUAAGUAUAACAGUAAGUAACAUCUGCCACAAUAUAAUGUUUACAUAACCUUUGUAAAGUCCGCAAACUCCGCAUGGAUAAAAUCAUAUGUUUGUUUGUUGUUUUUGUUUAAACUUUAAUAUUGCCCCUAGCAGUGAAAGUCUUUCAAAGUUAUCAUGAGGGAAAUCUUUAAACAAUAUCAGAGAUUGAUUUCUUUUUCUGGAAAGUUAAAAUAUUGAUAUACCAAAGCUAACAUGGGGUGGUAAUGUGCAUUAUAGUUAUGUGUUUGUUUUAUGUAUUUUAUCUUACCUCGUCUUUUUUUCUUCUCUCAAUUGAUUUUGGUUCCUUAAGUUUUGUUAUACAGUAGCAAUGCUAGUCUUGAUGUAUGUUUAUUUAGGAACAUUAAUUAAUGAUCUCGACACACAAUUAAGCCUGUUGCUGUAUUUCAUUUGUCAAUUUGUUGUGAUAUCUAGGGUCUUUUUGAAAUUUCUUAGAAGUUUUAAACAACCAUAUUCCUCCAAAUGCAUCUUUAUUUCCAAUAACUUUUCUCGGAAAUAAUAUGAUUUCGAAAUCGGAUGAGUGUGUCUUAUAUUUAUUGUUUGUACAAUUAUCUGCAUCAUCAAAUACCUGAAAAUUGUCAAUUUUAUUUGAUUUUUCUUCCUUCUUCACAAAUCACGUUGCUGAGCAACAUGUCAUUUGUAAACAAACUAGAAUAUCACAAACCAUCCCUGUUACUUCGUUGUACAAACAAGGCACCACCAUACAAAAGCUAAAAUCAUAGUGUAUAAUUCCAACAAAAAAGCUAAUCUCAGCUUUACUUGCAAAUGUAUGCUUGGAGAGAAUUAGUAGACCACCAAUAAUAAUAAUAAUAAUAUAAUCUCAACAAUGACAAUGAAUUGUCGGCUCCUUUGAUCUUGACGUCAUUUGUGGGGGAAAUAUCGUUCACAAAGUGAUAGGCAUCGUUCAUUUUUCUGCUCUUUAUUGUAUUUCCCCGGAACAAUCUUUGAAGCUGAACCCUUGAUAUUUUUCUGCCUGAUUACAUACAAAGAUCUACCACAUGAAAUUAUCCUAUACGACGUAGUCUUGCUUGGGCUCAAGUUGAAAUAAUACCGGAAGGACUAUACAGUCUCGUUUGGAAUCAUUCACCGACUCUGUUAUACGUCUUUAGAAUUCAUUCAAAAUUAUUUAAGAUAAUUAUUUAUGAUAUUCCUUGUAUUAUGGUCUGGAGAUUGAUAUAAACUGAUUAAUUCUAUAGAUGAAUGUUUUUGUUUUGGGGGCAAUCUCUUACCAGGCUGUUGCAGGAAAAAAAAACCCGUUACAGAUUAUUACGAUUUUCCACGAAAUGGAAUUGGUCGCUGGGAUAUGCAAGAUUCGCAGGAAAAUGUUGAAAGUUGUACCUUUUUUGUCGUUUGAAUGUUAAUGCAGGGUUUACCUUAUGCAAAUUGACUAUAUAAAGGGCUGCUGAAAUUUUUAAGAGUUGUUCAACUGUCAAGGGUGUAUAUUUGUAGUGUUAUACAUGUACCUGUUCGAAU